GUUUUCUGUCUCGCAGCAAUUACCUGUAUCGAAGUACGCCGCGUUUAGAAACUAAAUUAAAGAAGAUAUAGAAAUCAUUUACGCGCCUAUGAGCUAUGGAAAAUAUCAAUAUUGAAAUUCUCAUUUCUGAGGUGCAGCAGCGGGAACCAUUGUGGAAUCCGAAGCAUGCCGGGUAUAGGAAUACCCUUGUUCAACAGCGUCUAUGGGAUGAGUUGGGCGCUAGCAUGAAAAUGAACGGUAUGUUCGAUCGUUUAUCUUACCGAAAAUACACGGACCGCUUGCAUAUAGAACUAAUACAUAUAUUGCUCCUUUUAGCUGAGCUUCUUAAAAGGAAGUGGCAGAAUUUACGCAAUCAAUAUGGAAGAGAAAAACGUAAAACUAAAGUGCCGACCGGUUCUGCUGCUUCCACGGAAACAACCUGGCGUUAUUUCCAGCAUUUAGCAUUUUUAUCCGAUGUGUAUUCGUCACGUACUACCGUUAGCAACCUGCCGAAUAUAAACCAGAUUCCUGAUGAAACCAUUGAAAUUUUGGACGAUAACUUUCCAGCGGAGGCAGAUGUAUAUAUUGAAGAGAUAGAAAAUAUGCCGUUAUGUGAAAAUGAUGAAAAUAGUUUGCUACCAUCGACAAGCAGAAAGAGAUCGGCCCGAGAGCAGAAUAAAGUGCUGGAGGAGCUUAUUUGUUUAGAAAAACAAAAGAUUGCCAAGUUGGAUGAAAUAAAACAAAAAACUGAAGUGGAUCCUUUUGCUGCUAGCAUCUCGAAAGAUUUGAGCAAAUUGUCUAUGCUGAGACAACUGCUAGCUAAAAAAGAAAUUUUAGAUGUUUUAAUGAAGCAUGUAAAGGAACAAGAACAAUCCGAUAAAUUCAACUGAAAUGAACUACUGUGGUUACGGUAAUAGUUAAUUAGUUAAUCAAGUAAGUUAAGUAGUUGCAUAGUUUUAAGUUACAUAACAAUGUAUAAUUAGAAAGAUACAGAGAUAUAUGUAUGCGUAGCAUUUAGUUAUUUAAAUUAAUAAGUUAAUAUUAAUUUCUGUAAAUAUUAUACCCAAGUUAAUAACCUACCAAUAAUCAAUUUAGGCUAAAAUGUUAGUAAUGUUGUGAUCUCAUUGAACUUCAUACAAAUAUAUAAUGAAUUUUAGAACAAAACUAAA